CGCCCGCCGCUAGGAACCCGGCAGCUCGGCGCUUUCUCCGCCCCCCGCGCCCCGGCCGCGCCGCCGCCGCCCGAUCGCCGCCCCUCCCCCAGCCCCCGGCCCACCGGCCCGCGGGGCGCGGACGCGCGUGGCGGCUGCUCGGUGGGACACUCGCCGGAGCCGGCCCCAGCAUGCUCGCCGAGUGUGGAUGAGCCGCCGCCCAGGCCCGGAUGCCGCCGGCCCGCAAGGCCCGCACCGCCAGCGCCGCGUCCAGCGCGGGCCCCGCGCGCUAGCCCGCUGACCCGGGGCGCGGAGAGGACGCGCGGGAGGGCGGCCACGGCGCAGGGGCCCGGGGGCCGGGGCUCGGCGCGGCCCGGGGCCACCCUCACGCGGCGCCUGGGCAGGAUGACCAGCCUGUUCCGCCGGAGCGGCGGCGGCGGCGGCGGUGGCGGGGGCGCGGCCGGGGCGCGCGGGGGGCGCGGCGGGCCCGGGCCCGCGGCCGCCGCGCAGGAGCUUAACAACAGCCGGCCCGCGCGCCAGGUCCGCCGCCUGGAGUUCAACCAGGCCAUGGACGACUUCAAGACCAUGUUCCCCAACCUGGACUACGACAUCAUCGAGUGCGUGCUGCGCGCCAACAGUGGUGCCGUGGACGCCACCAUCGACCAGCUGCUGCAGAUGAACCUGGAGGGCGGCGGCGUGUACGAGGACAGCUCCGACUCCGAGGACAGCAUCCCCGUGGAGAUCUUGGAGAGGACAUUGGAGCCCGACAGCUCGGAUGAGGAGCCCCCGCCCGUGUACUCCCCACCAGCCUACCACAUGCACAUGUUCGACAGGCCCUACCCGCUGGCUCCCCCCACGCCACCUCCACGCAUCGACCUGCAGAGCUGCGGACCCCCUUCCAGCCAGAGGCGCUACAGGAACUGGAACCCCCCCCUGCUGGGCAGCCUCCCUGAGGACUUCCUGCGGAUCCUCCCUCAGCAGCUGGACAGUGUCCAGGGCAACCCCGGGGGCUCCAAGCCCAGGAGCGGAGAGGGAGGCCCACCGCCCACAGCUGGCCCCGGGCCCCGCGACCAGGACAGCCGCUGGAAGCAGUACCUGGAGGACGAAAGGGUCGCGCUGUUCCUGCAGAACGAGGAGUUCAUGAAGGAGCUGCAGCGGAACCGCGACUUCCUCCUUGCCCUGGAGCGAGAUCGGUUGAAAUACGAGUCCCAGAAAUCCAGGUCCAGCAGUGUGGCUGUGGGAAGCGACUUCAGCUUGGCCCCUGCUGUCCCAGGAGCCAGCGACGCCAACCCCGGCGCGUCUGAAGACGCCUUGUUCAGAGACAAGUUGAAACACAUGGGGAAAUCUACCCGGAAGAAGCUGUUUGAACUAGCCAGGGCCUUCUCGGAGAAAACCAAGAUGAGGAAGUCCAAAAGGAAACACUUGUUAAAGCAUCAGCCAUUGGGAGCUGCAGCGUCAACAGCCAAUCUCCUGGACGACGUGGAGGGCCACCCCUGCGAUGAGGACUCCCGGGGCAGGCGACAAGAGGGCCCCAAGGCGGAGGACAGCCUCAGAGAAGGGCAGUAGGAGGUCAGCACCUCCUCUUCUCCGGAGACAUCUGAGCUGCCGCCGGACAGAUGGUGCUCGAGUACCAAGGCCCAGAGACCCUCCGGCCUGCCCAGCCCAGCCACUGCCACUCUGCACGGGGCUCAAGCUGCCAGGAGGAUGGCUGCCAGGCACGGAGCCCUGGAGCCGGCUGUUCUGGGCCAGUGAGUGGAAAUGCAGGAACCACCCCCCUAAGUCGUCCCCAGCGCAGCCAAGGAUGGAGCACCACGAAGACCCGCUCGAGUCUCUGCACAGAACCGGAGCCCCAGACUCCCUCCCCCUCAGCUCCCGCUGGACCCUGGACACUGCCCCCUGCCCUCCCGCUCUCCCAGCUCCUGCGGGGGCCCCUGCCCUAUGCACUCGGCCUUGCCCGGGGUGCCUGACGUGGGGCUGAAGGCAGAGCCCGGGACUGCCUCCCUGGGAUGCGGUGGGGGGCUGAGGGGCCACCCUAGAGAGCCGUCAGCUGGUCGUUCUGGUCGGGGCUGGCCUGGACCCCAGCAGGGAUGGGGUGGCCCCCGGAGCUGGAGGGCCAGGGGAUGCGGGGCUGGUCACUGGAGCAGAAGCCUGGAGCCACUUCUGCAGGGACUGGAGGGAGGGCGGGCCACUGCCGCCUCUGAAGGACUCUGGGCCGGGUCGCUGGGGGUCCCUCGCCAAGGGCUAGGAGGUGGACUUUGGUCCUGGACCCUCACUUGUCACACCACUGCCAGCAGGAAAGCAGCCCAGCCCCCACGGGGCUGCGGGUGGGCGCCAGCAAGGCCCUGGAGACGUGAGGGCGUGGCUCUGCACCCCCAAAAGACCGUGGCUGUGCCCGCAGUGACUGAACUUGAAAGUGCAGGUGGGGCAGGCCUGAGGCUGCUGCCCCAUCGCUAGGUGCCCCAGGGCCACCCACGCCCCCAGGGAGCUGGAGUUGGGGCUCAGCUGGAUGGGGGAGGGGCCUCUGCACUGAGCCGAGCCCCACCCCCACAGCUGCGUGUGUUGCUUUGUUAGUUGUCGGGUGGUUUUAUUUUCAUUGUUUCCUCUUUUAUGUGUGGGUUUUUUUUUUUCUUGGAGCCAUUUAUAGGAAUUUCUGUAAUAAAGACUUGGUGUUCUCCUACUGA